GCCAAGGGCACCAUGUUGCCCCAGGCCUAACUAUACUCAGUUUCGUGGCAGCAGCGGCCGCGUAACGUGUUACUUGCCCGCACUCCGCUGUCCGACUAUAUCGUGUCUGUCUUCAGUUUGCCGGAACUACUCGGCAACAUGGGCUUGUAUGCGGAGUCGUGGCUCACGGAGCUUUUGGUAGCCCUGUCACUGGUGACAGUGGCAGUGUACGCGUGGUUCUCCCAGUCGUACAAGUACUGGCAGAAGAAAGGAGUGCCCUACUUGGAGCCACAGUUUCCGUUUGGCAAUAUCUACAAGAGUUUUGUCGGCAAGCAGUCCAUGCCCAUGGACGUCACUGACGCAUACCGGCAGCUCAAAGGCAAGCGUUUCGGGGGCGUGUACUUCUUCAAUCGGCCUAGUCUGCUGAUACUGGAUCCAGAUCUGAUCCGCAAUAUCCUCGUAAAGGAUUUCUGGUCCUUCCAGGACAGAGGGUUCAAAGUGGAUGAAAGCGAUCCUCUGAACAAACACCUUUUCCUGCUGGGUGGAAAUAAGUGGCGGAGGUUGCGUGUGAAGCUGUCGCCCACAUUCACGUCGGGAAAAAUGAAGAUGAUGUUCCAGACGAUGGUGGACUGCGGUCGAGAACUGGCGAACGUGUUGGAGGAGCCGGCCUCCCGAGGGGAGGUGAUGGAGAUGCGCGAGGUGGGCGCCCGCUACGCCACGGACAUCAUCGCGUCCGUCGCCUUCGGCAUCGAGGUCAACUGCCAGCGCAACCCGGACGAGGCGUUCCGGCAGUGGGGGCGCAAGAUCUUCCAGAACAGCCUCACGAGGACGAUACAGUCGAUCUUAAACGCUGUUAAUCCCAGAAUGACUAAGUUGAUACGAUUAGUGAGAGGCGAAAGUGAAGUCUCGAAGUAUUUCCGCAAGAUGGUGAACGACACAGUGGCGUACAGGGAGGAGAACAACGUGGCGAGGAACGACUUCAUGCACCUGCUGAUCCAGCUGAAGAACAAGGGUUGCGUGGACAGCGACAAACCGGGGCAGCAGAAGGAAGCGGACGAGGACGACACGUGGAAGCUGUCGAUCGACGAUGUCGCUGCGCAGGCGUUCGUCUUCUUCAUCGCGGGCUUCGAGACGUCAUCAACCACUAUGAGCUACGCCCUGCACGAACUGGCCCACCACCCGGACAUCCAGACGCGUCUUCAGGAGGAAAUUGAUACUGUUCUCAAACAACACAAUGGACAAAUAACAUACGAUGCGAUCAACAGUAUGCAGUACCUUGAAAAAGUGGUUGCAGAGACGCUGAGGAAAUAUCCACCAGUUGUGAUACUUAAUAGGGAGAAUAACGUCGAGUACAAGAUUCCUGACAGUGACGUCGUCCUGGACAAAUUGACUCCAAUACUGAUCCCCGUGUACGGCCUGCAACACGACCCAGACUACUUCCCGGACCCGGAGCGCUUCGACCCCGAGAGGUUCUCUGAGGAGCAAAAGGCGCAGAGGCACCCCUACGUCUACCUGCCGUUCGGAGAGGGGCCUCGCAUCUGCAUAGGCAUGAGGUUUGGGCUGCUGCAGACGAAAGUGGGUCUUACACAUAUACUCUCAAAAUACAACAUAGAACCGUGCGAGAAGACCGUCCGCAGUCUGACGUUCGUACCAAGGGCAUUUGUCCUCACACCAGAGGGAGGUAUCCAGUUGAGACUGAGCAAGAGAAACAAAGUGUAGCAAUUAUUAUGUACCAUUAUGUAGUUUAUAUAAGUUAUCUCAUUGUUUUCAUAACUGUACAUAUUAUAAUAUAGAUAUUUGUCUUAUUCAAUGUUUCAUGUAAAAUAUUUUGUAAUAAAUAAGAUACUGUGGGGUUCAA